UCUUCUUCCCAUCUCUCUUUUCUCCUCCUCGCUCGGAUCAUAUAAUUUCACAAAUCCUAAUUUUUUAAUUCAAUUUUUCGUUUGAAAUAUCAAGAAAAAAAACUAGCAUUUGAUUGGAUUCGCAGCAAUGAGUACCGGAGAUCUUCUUAGCAUUCAGCCCUUGGAGCUCAAAUUCCCAUUUGAAGUGAAGAAACACAGUUCAUGUUCCUUGCAAUUGACCAACAAAACAGCUAAUUAUGUGGCCUUCAAGGUUAAAACAACCAAUCCGAAAAAAUACUGUGUCCGGCCCAAUGCUGGUGUUGUUUUGCCCGGAACUACAUGCGAUGUUACAGUUACAAUGCAAGCCCAAAAAGAGGCUCCGCCAGACAUGCAGUGCAAGGACAAAUUUCUCCUUCAAAGUGUUGUUGCACCAGAAGGUGCAACUAUGAAAGACAUGACUCCUGAAAUGUUCAAUAAGGAGGAUGGUAAAGUUGUGGAAGAGUUCAAAUUGCGGGUAAUCUACUUUCCUGCCAAUCCCCCAUCACCUGUCCCUGAAGGAUCCGACGAGGGCUCUUCUCCAAAGGCUUCAGUCGUUGAUAAUGGAAAUCAAAACUCUUCCUUGUUUGAUGCUGUAUCAAGGUCCCUUGAGGAACCAAAAGAGAAGUCGUCAGAGGCAUGGUCCAUGAUUUCCAAGUUAACUGAAGAGAAGACUGCCGCUUUUCAACAAACUCAGAAGCUACGCCACGAACUGGAUGUGUUGAGAAAAGAAAUUAGCAAAACCAGCAGUGGCGGAUUUUCGUUGUUGUUUGUUGUGCUGUUCGGUCUUCUGGGCAUCUUGGUUGGCUACUUCAUCAACAAAACAUAGAGAAGCUGAACCGUCGAUUAAUUAGUUGGAUGCUGGCAUAAUCCUGUGGUGCUCCGCAGUUUUCAGAAACGUUUUAGGCACUCUUAAACUGUAAUGUAAAAAUUUAGUCUUGAUUAAUUUGGCACUGUUUUUGGGCAAAUCUCCUUUAUAUAUUAAAGUUGGACAAUGACGACAUAUCAUUUAGUUUGCAAA